AUGGACCUUCUCACUCUGAGACUUCCUCGCAAGCCCGACUCUAUGGAAUACACCCGGUUGGGAAAAUCUGGUCUGAAGAUCUCCAAAGUCAUCCUGGGUGGAAUGUCCUUCGGUACCUCCGACGGUUGGACGAUUCCAGAGGAACAGGCGCUGCCUAUACUUAAGCAUGCUUUCGACAAAGGCAUAAACACCUGGGACACGGCUGACGUGUAUUCGUUCGGCGAAUCGGAGCGCAUUAUCGGCAAAGCUCUGAAAGAAUACAAUAUUCCCCGUGAGCGGGUUGUCAUCUUGUCCAAAUGCUUCAGCGGGGUUCCUAACCCGGAUGAGCUUAAUGGUCUAUCAGACCAAGAAAAACUGAUUCGGAUGGCCAUCAAUGAUGGCAUCAUGGUGAACCGUAUCGGGCUAUCACGCAAGCACAUAUUCGACGCAGUGAAUGCCAGUAUCGAGAGGCUCGGUACAUAUCUGGAUGUCCUGCAGAUCCACCGGCUCGACCAAGAGACUCCUCGUGAGGAGAUCAUGAAAGCGCUGAACGAUGUGGUAGAAAGUGGGAAGGUUCGAUAUAUUGGCGCAAGCUCGAUGCACGCCUGGGAGUUCCAGGCUCUGAAUGCUAUCGCCGACAAAAACGGCUGGCACAAAUUCAUCAGCAUACAAGACUAUUAUUCACUUUUGAAUCGCGAAGAGGAGCGGGAGAUGUUCCCUUACUGCCGUGACGCCGGGGUUGGUAUUAUCCCUUAUUCUCCAUUGGCGCGUGGCCUUCUUACGCGUCCCUACGGGGUGACAAAGGAGCAGCCGACCCUGCGCCAGAAGACCGAUUUUACUUCACAGAUGAUGAUCGGUCCAAUCACACAAGCCGAUAUUGCGAUUAUUCACCGUGUCGAAGAGCUGGCUAAAGCGAAGGGCUGUAGCAUGGCGCAAAUCGGCAUCGUGUGGUGCUUGAAGAAGGGCGUUAACCCCAUCGUUGGAUUUUCGAGCGCUGGACGAGUGGACGAGGCUGUAAAUGCCGUGUCUCUGUUCACCGAUGGCUUGUUGACUGAUGAAGAUAUGGAACGGCUUGAUGAGCCGUAUAUUCCAAAAGCCCGUGCGGGGUAUUAA